AUGGAAUUUAUCAGUAGAACAGCCUAUCAAUCAGACAGUCAGCACUCCAAAGAAGGAAGGAGCGGAAUGAAAACAGAAGAAAACCAGUCAUGUCUUCAGCAGGCCCCCUCUGCCACACCUUACGCUGACACCUGUUCUCCUCCACCAGAGCAUGUGGGAGGAGGUGAGGUGUGCGCAGGCUGCGAGUCCCCCAUCGCGGACCGGUUCCUGCUGCGCGUCAAUGAACUGUCCUGGCACGAGACCUGUGUGAAGUGUGCAGUGUGUCGCAGUGCUCUGAGCGGGACCUGCUACUGUCGGGACAGACUGCUCUACUGCAAGCACGAUUACGAGAAGUUGUUUGUGCGUAAGUGCAGCGCGUGUCUGCAGGCGAUCGGCCGCUCGGAGCUCAUCAUGCGAGUGUUGGGACAGGUGUAUCACCUGGGCUGCUUCAGCUGCUGCGAGUGUGAGCGCCGCCUGCAGAGAGGAGAUGAGUUUGUGCUAAAGGAGGGACAGCUGCUCUGCAGAGGAGACUAUGAAAAGGAGAGAGAGAUGCUGGCCGCCAUCAGCCCGGCACCCACAGAGUCAGUAAAGAGUGAGGAUGAGGAGGGUGGUGGUGUCUCUGUCGGAGGGAAGGCUGGGGAGGAUGGAAAGGAGCACAAGAGAUCCAAGAGGCCCCGGACCAUCCUGACCACACAACAGCGGCGCGCCUUCAAGGCUUCCUUCGAGGUGUCUUCCAAACCCUGCCGAAAGGUCAGAGAAACUCUGGCAGCUGAGACUGGACUGACGGUCAGGGUCGUACAGGUGUGGUUCCAGAAUCAGAGGGCAAAGAUGAAGAAGAUUGCCCGCAGACAGCAGCAGCAACAGCAGCAGCAGGAACAGGAGCAGAUGGGGGGCUCCAGAAGGGGCCCGAGCAGAGGGGGGCGCCAGAGUAACGAUGACAGUGAGGAUGGCUCCAGCACUCAUGGACUGGAUGGUCUGCUCUCAUAUUCCUCUCUGCCACGACAACAAUUGCUGGCCUUAGAUCCGAACAUAUAUGGCAGCGAGCAGUUCAGACACGGCCUCACACCUCCACAGCUGGGCCCUGACCAGAUGCACUCCUAUGACUCAGAGACAGUUUUCCAUGACCUAGACAGUGAUGGAAGCCUCAGUCAUCUUGGCGACUGUCUCUUGUCGACUGCGGAUGGUGGCGUUCUGGCAGGACGGAUAGGAAAUCCCAUCGAUCGCCUCUACUCCAUGCAGAACUCCUACUUUACUUCAUGACCCUGGUUCAGCCUAAUUAAAGCGCUCCAACAGCACUUCAGGGAGCAGCAGAUAAAGUGAGGUGUCGUUCAACAUCAUAACCUACUUCAAUUACUAAAUUCACAUCUUAGUGGUGCCAAUCAAGCUUUAAACAGCCACCCAGGA